AUGACCGGGGGGCCCCUGCCGUCCGGGGUCAGACCCUGCGGACCGGGGGCCACCACUGAUGACUGGGGUCAGACCCUGCGGACCCCCGUGGCCCCUGUGGAGCUGAAAGGAGCAGUGGAGGGCGAGGAGCAGCGUCCGUCCCUCCAGAGCCAGGCCGAGGCCCACUACAAGGGGAACCGCCACGCGCGGCGCGUCAAGGGGAUGGAGACGUCCAAGAGCGGCCGCAGCCCGGACGCCGACAAGACACAGCCCCCCCUGCUGGUCUGCCCCCCCACGCCGGGACCCUCCCCCUGCAGCCCGGGACCCGAGCCCAGCAGGGAGGGUGAGAGAACACACGCCUCACGCCCCCAGCCCACCCUCGCCCUCCCCGGCGGGGAUUGGCCCCUCCUCCUUUCUUCCGGGCAGACUCCGCCUCCGCCCCCGCCGCCGGCGCCGACCGGCUCUCCGGGCCCCGGCGUCGUGGCGCCCGGGGACCUGACGGUCACGGGGCCCCCGGACGACGCGUCCCCGGCCCCCAGCCUGGCCCCCAGCCCGGCCUCGGGGGACUCGGAGGAGGACAAGGCCAAGAAGCUGCUCUACUGCUCCCUCUGCAAGGUGGCUGUCAACUCCCUCUCCCAGCUGGAGGCCCACAACAAAGGCACCAAACACAAAACCAUCCAGGAGGCCCGCAGCGGGCUGGGGCCCAUCAAGGCGUACCCCCGGCUGGGGCCCCGGGUGCCGGGCGAGCCGGGGGCCUCCCCGAACUCGGAGGCCAACUCGGAGGAACGGACCUUCCACUGUGAGAUCUGCAACGUCAGGGUGAACUCAGAGCUGCAGCUCAAGCAGCACAUAUCGAGCCGGCGGCAUCGCGACGGAGUGGCGGGAAAACCCAACCCUCUCCUGAGUCGGCACAAGAAGCUCAGAGAAUUCAUGCCCACCCUGAGCUUCUCCAAGGACCUUCCUAAGAACCUGGGGGCCGGCCUCCUGCCCAACCCCCUGGCCGUCGCCGCGGCCAUGGCAGCCGCAGCAUCCAACAAUCAGCUGGCGCAGUUACGGGCCGCGUGCCCCGGCGCCCACCCCCACCCCCACCACCCCCACCACCACCACCCCCAUCACGCCCACCUGCUACAGGGAACCCCCCUCAGCCUGCUGCGGCCCGCCCCGGGUCCCAUGCGUACCGCGCACGGCCCCAUCCUCUUCGCCCCCUACUGACCGGACCGGGGGGCCGGCGGGGAGAAGCACACUGUGAAGCCCACGGACCGGUGACACGUUUCACUGAGGCGGACAU